GAGCCUCGUGUUCCUCGUACCCAAUCGUCCCUUUCUCUGCAUUCAGCAAAUAGGCCCACACAGUCCCUGAAAAAAAGCAAAGAACCCACUUUUCCCGCCAAAAACAGAGCGCUGCUUCUUACCACUCACUCACCACUCUUCUCCUCCUCUCUGUGUUCAGUCCCACCCAGAGAGAGAAAAGAGAAGAGAAGAGAGAAAGGAGAAGAGGAAGAAGAAGAAGAGAAAGGAGAAGAGGAAGGAGAAGAGAGAGAAUAAAAAAUGAAUAGCUCGUCGAAGGUGAUAAUGGCGGCAACAAUGGUAAUGGUAGUGAGCUUGGUCAUGGUUUUAAGCUUAGUAUUAGUACUACUAGCCGAACUCUACUGCUCUCUCUUACUUCGCCGUCGCCGCCGUAACUCCCUCUCCCUCCCCACCACCACCACCACCGUCGUCCCCACUGCAACAACCACCACAAGCCUCGCUCAAGCCAUUUCAACCACCAACGACACUUCGCCAUCUAACAUCGAUUCUUCACCAAAUCCUCUAACCACAGGCGUUCUUCAGACUCCAAAAUCUUUUUUCCAAACCAAAACUCAUUUUCACCGUCAACAAUCUUUACAAGCUUCUCCUGAUCUGAUUGUACCCAUCGAUAACGAUUCAGUGGAUAAUUUCGUCUACAUAUCGAACCCAAUUUACUCGAACGAAGCAGCAAGUAAACCAACCACGCCUUUCGAAACCCCUGAGUCGUCACCGUCGCGGCUCGAGACCGGAGACUCGUCUUCUUCCGGCGAGGAAGAUAACGACGUAACCGGAGAUUCGACGCCGACAUUGACUCCGAUGAAGGGUCUUCCUGAAAAGGCAUGCUCUGUUUCGUUGAAAGAUGUGAGGUCGUUGGAAACCUCUGCUAGUGAAUCCAAUAGUAACAACAACGAUGGCUCUUCUUCGCCGUCUGGUUCGCCGUCGUAUACUUCUCCGUCGUGGUAGAGUUUAUCUUAUUUAAUUAUGAUUUAGGUUAUUUUUCUUUUAUUUUUCAUUUAGUUUUCGGACCGUCUUGGAAUGUGUAUGAGUUGUUGUGGGUAACAGAGAGUUUUGGACAUUUGGCUCGAUGACCCAAGCCACGCUUGUUUUUCCAGAGUUUCCUCCAUCUGUCGUUUUCUGUGUUCUGGAAAAAAAUGAACACUUGUUCCAUAAUUUUUUUAUCAUAACUUAAAAGUAAAAGUUAA